CAGAAAGUUGACCAACGCCACAAGGCCAACAUCACGGCCCGUUUCUUUUUUUUUUCGUAUUAGCUUAAGUACUUGCUUUUGCGUGCCUGCUAAACUUUUUGUCUUGAGCCGAACUAGUAUCGAGCACUCUUAUUUGCGAUACGUAGCGUUUUCUGCAGUCUACAUCUGCAGCGACACAACAAAUUUAAGAACCCGACCAUUGAACAACAUAAACCAUGGAAGCAAAUUUCGCAGCUGCAGUAGGCUCGAAGCUGCGAUUGGUACAGCCCCGCACGACUCUCCAUGGCGAGCCAGAUUCUGGGCGACACAUCGUCGCUGGAGCGGAAGGAUUUAAGAAAGGGGCGACUGUUUUUGCGGAAACGGCUCUGGCAAGUGCAAGCUUCGCAUCGUCCGAACAGGAUUCCAUAUGCGAUUGGGGCACGAUAAUAGCGCAGAAGAAACACCAUUUGGCAGAAGUGGAAGCGGUUUUGUGUAGAAAUGGCGAUAGUGAAAACAGUGAGAGCAACAGGUCAUCCAUUCGCCUUAUGUUCCGUCGCUCUGAUGGACGUUGCGAUUCGCGGCAAAGGAGCCGUGAGAGUAAUCGCGAAGCUCAAGCUUCUGCAAGGAACGGAGUUUCAGGAGAGAGAAGCGAACGCUGGGCCAGCAUGCAACUCGAGAACGAAAUCUUUAGCCAGGUCGCGGCAAAGAAGCGAGGGAGCCCGCUUUCGCAUUUCCCGUUUGACAGGAGCAGGACAGACGGGGACUCUCGUGGCUGUAUUUCCUGCGCUUUUUCGCGUUCAAGAACACAAAGAGAAAGUGCGGACGCGGAAACGAGGCCCUUGGGAGAGCCCGAAGGGGGAACUCACGCCGGGUGUUAUUUCGACUCCGAAGAAGUGCCCGCGUCGGAUGAAGGGCUGGAAUUUGCUCUCUUUCGGCCUACGGUAGCUGACUUCUUCGCGUGCUGUGUCGACGACAGCAUAGCUAGACGUGCGGCACCGGAAGAUGAUGACCAAUUACCCAAACCACUGAACUCAAACCCGGCAGGCCGCAGAGAACAAGUAGUCGUUGCUGAUGCGAACGAUAGCGAUGCGCAAAAAGAGCCUUUGAGAUAUCUCGAACUUCCCACGCCAGCCCGGCUGCGCGCGACAGUGAAUGGUGGGAGCGUGGUACCAGAGCCGAAAGUUUCGCAUCCAGUGGGAGACGGUACCAGCGAGGCACAGCUAGGACGCAGCCUCUGGUCGUGGGAACAGGCAGACUUGGACCACCCAAGCGAAUUGCGACGGCAAAUUCGUGCCCGGUUCAGCCGCAACAAUUUCGCUAUUGUGGACGAGGAUUUUUCUCCCGUCGGGGCAGCGGUUCUCCCUCACGUCGCUAUGCUAAACCACAGCUGCGACCCCAACGUCGUGCUACGGUACUUUCUUAUGCAUAUGGAUGAAAUGGAUACCGGUACUAUGCGUGUGAACUUGGUUGAAGAUGACGUGAGUUGCCCCCCACAUCACGGCCGGCGCACCAAAAAACCGAAGAUUUUGUGCGUUUUGGUCGCGCUGCGGGACAUUGCGCCGCACGAGGAGAUUUGCCACUCCUACGUAGACAUUGGUCAAUGCGUACGGGAAAGGCGCCAACAGUUGAGAAGCCAGUUUGGGUUUGCUUGUAACUGCAACCGUUGCAAACGCGACCUGCGUGGCGAGAAGCACCUCGUGAUGCAUUUUUGUGCAGAAGGACAAGGAGAAGGGCAAGUGCGUGGAUCCUCCUGUGCCGGAGUAUCAACAAGCUCGUGGCCGAAAAAUUCAUUUCCCCAUUUGCAGCCACACUUCCACCUACCGGGGCAGACGUACUCCCAAAGUAGUAAUCCAGAUCAUGCGAAAGCGAAAGGUACAGGUAGAAGAAAUCUUCGGCUCGCGGAGAAGUCGCGGCGCACAAUGUGGCUGAUGCCAGGAGAGAAAAUGCGUGCAGCGAUGAAAAGCAGUACGCAGAUCAUCGGGAGUGUGGAUUUUGUGCCCGAUAAGAUUCUCUUCUGCGGGCCUGUAGUGCUCGACGACUUACAAUACUUGGCUGUUCGCGAAGAGGACUUUGUUCGCGCCGGAAAGACACCGACAACCUCUCUCGGCUGCUCGACCGCUGCGUAUCCGGAUGCCGAUGCGCUGCUUCAGGCCGCGGCUCGACUCGGCUCCAAGUGUGAUUUUCUGACGCUUCUAGAGUGGGCGGGAAACGCAGAGCAUCCCUACUGGGUGUUCAAGGAGCGAAUGUGUGUUUUGGAGGCCGACGAUGCGGAUGAAGCGGAUUGCGGCGAAGGUUCGUCUUUACUGGACCUGCUCGACUCUAUCAUGGAGAUGUGCAGUGCGCACUUAGUAGAGCAAGGUGGGACGUCGAACGCAGCUGCGACAUCUGAGGGUGGCGCUUUGACUUCCGUGAAGACGUCACUUCCACCAGCACUUUUCCGUGCUUGUUUGGUCUCCAAAGCCUGCGUGAGCUUGCUGCUCGACGAAUACGCAACUCGUGCCCCGGGAUGGCACUUUGCGAAGUUUGUGGAGGGAUUUCUGGCUCAGAUGGAGCUACUACAGGACCUUCCCCCGGGUGAAGAAGAUUCGAUCAGGGGUUUUUAUGAGAGACUGGUUCGCGAACUGUUUGCUGCCUUUACGGUGAACCAGUGUUGCUUGCGACCCGAAAUCCUGGCGCACGAAGGCCUCCAGCAGGUUGUGCAACAGGAAUUGGCCGAAUUGGAGCGCAGUUUUUUGAGAAGAAAGGUUGUGGUGCAUGGGAGGCAGGGCGCCCCCACGAGGGAUGAAAAAAAUCUGAAAUACUGUCAGCGGGGAACCGAGGCAAGUUCGAACAGUCCUGACCUAUUGACCAACGACCUUGCAGGGGAUCUGGCGCUGCAGCACAGCCUUUUUCUGGUCCAGCAGCUGGAGCGCAAAUACCCGGCGGGGCACCCCGUGCAGAGGCUGGCGAGGUGCCGGAUGCUUGCGAUCGGCGAGGGAUAAGAUAGCUGCUGAAAAAGAAAUUCAAACGUGAUUUGACGGAAGGACGAAGCCUUUUAAGUUUCCUACGAGGGUGAGGACGGACCCAAGGCCAAUGCAAAUGCUAACUCAUUCGCAACGUCGCGGUCGCUCGCGUUGUCCUUGCGUCAGACAGCCCAGAACUGUAGCAUGUCUUGCUGCAUUUUCCGUGCCAGAUACGUACACGUUUUGGGCUGUAAGGGUAGGGCGGUUGAAUUCAAAUUAAUAAGAAGUCUAGAUAGUAUGUUACAUAGUAAUGAGAUCGCGCCAUGUCUGUAUGUUUCACUUUUAUCUUCUGGGCGUGCAACGAGAACAAUGACAAUCUUUGCGCUUCCGAUUUUUGUUGUCAAAAUAAGCCAUUCCCAUUUUCGAAAAAAGUGAAACUAAGCAACAAAAUAUAACAUAGAUUGGUAAGAAUAAGAGAAGAAAAUCAAAGCGUCACAAUGCUGGCCACGGUGCCGUUGCCUUCG